AUGGCUAAGGCAAAACUGCAGGUUCAGAUAUUAACUCAACCCGAAGGGAAGGAGAUUAAGUCAGCUCUUAAAGGAAGUAACUCAACAGUUACCACCACUACCACCACCACAUCCAGCUCAUCGUCAUCUCGUAUUCAAUUUAGAAUAUUUGUAGGGUCUUAUGAACAUAACUUGUUAUGCCUUUCUGUGUUUAUAGACCCCUCCAACGUCAAGGAACCCAUAUUCCAACCAAUUUUUCAUUUCCAAGCGCAUGCUUUAUCUAUCAAAUCUAUGGAUCUUGCCAAAAGAUACUUAGUCACUGGCUCAAACGAUGAGCAUAUAAGGAUCUAUGAUUUGCAAAAGAGAAAGGAACUUGGCACAUUGUUAAGCCAUCAAGGUACAAUCACCGCAUUAAGAUUUUCUAAGGAAGCAACCGAAGACUCGGAAAGUGCAUCCUCAGGUAGGUGGCUCAUAUCUGGAUCAGAAGAUGGGAAAAUUAUCAUAUGGAGAACCAAAGAUUGGGAGAUAUUUGCAACACUAAAAGGCCACACAGACAAGAUUAAUGACUUGAGCAUACACCCUAGUGGCCGUGUUGCCAUUAGUGUAUCACAAGACAAAACGAUAAGGUUAUGGAAUUUAAUGACGGCUAAGAAGGCUGCUGUUUUGAAAAUCAAAGGUAAGGACCACUUAGGCCAGCUGGGAGAAUUUGUCAAAUGGAGUCACAGUGGAAACCACUUUGUUGUGGGAUUGCAAAAUCAAGUACUUUUGUACCAGACUUCUACUGCCAAAAUUGCAAAGAAAUUCAAGUUCAAAUUGACAUUGAUGUGUCUUGAUUUCUUGAAAAUCGAUGACAAAGAGUGGCUCGUGAUCGGUUUUGGUAACGGAUCUAUUGGCUUCUAUGAUUUUGAAGCAUUGUUGAAUGACAUUGGCGAAAAUGCCGAAGAACAUGAAAAGAAAGUUUUGGAAAAUAAGGCCGAGGAAAUUGAGCCAGCUUUUUCUCUUAGAGGCCACACUAAUCGUAUAAAAGGUAUCACUUUUAUGCAAAAUAAGGAUACUCAAAAUGUUCCAUUGUUGAUAUCGGUAUCUUCUGAUGGGAAGAUUGUUGUGUGGAACUUAACUUUAAGAGAUCAGGUGGCAGUUUACGAUACAGGAGAAAGAUUGAAUUGUGUCGUUUGUGCUCCAGAAAGUGUCGAAAAAGUGGAUACAAUGAAGAGAAGGUUCGCUUCAUUAGAUGAGUUGAAGGGGGAAAGCCAACCUGAUGUCAGUGAGUCUGAAUACGAAACUGAUGGAGAGGAGAUUAAAACGUUGAUGCAAGGACAACCUAAAAAGAAGAAGAUCAAAAACAAGGGCAAGAAGACUAAGAAAAGAAAAGUUAAUGUUAUUCUUGAAUAA